CAGUGUUCAGCAAGCCUUUUGUUGAGAAGGUUUUCUCACACCAGUGAGUCAUGCUCCAGCUCUGAGCCGGCAGCAGCUAGGAAGGAAGGCAGCAGCCAGUUCCAUUCUGUUGCCAUCACCUUCAACGCCAUUUGUAGAUUUUUGCUUGUUUUUGCCUGGCUAGAAAUCAUCAUCAUCAUCGUUGUCGUUGUAAGCAGCAGCAGCAGCUGAAGCAUCACCACUGGAAACCACAACAGCGACCUCUCCAUCCUCCUCUGCUUCAUUUCCAUGGAUUUCCAGUGUGUUUUUCUCUCCUGGCUGGAUUGAAGCGCCAUAUUUUACCGUUCAGGAAUUGAGAGAGGUGGAUUGUGAUUGCUACGAGGCGUUUGCUGCCACCGCCGCCACGCCUGCUGCUGCCAUGUUACAGGAGAGGGUAAUCAUCGCGGCAAGGAGCCGGGUGGUGCGUGUCGCUUGAGGCGCCGCGAGAGAGCAGAGGCGAAGGGUAUGCUGCACCGCACUAAAUACAACCGCUUCAGGAAUGAGUCGGUGACGUCUGUCGAUGACAUCGUCCACGGCCUGUCCAUGAACCCCAAGGUGUCAGCCAGCCCCGAGACGCCUUACGCUCCCCCGGCCGACGUCCAGCCCUCGGCCGCCUCCAAUGCCGCCGGCGCUUCCGCCGCUGCCGACGAUGGUGGUACGCCCCUGUGCACCCUUAUCAACAAGGUGUCCAACCUGAAGUUCAGCAAUUCAGGCAGCCUGCUUGGCAUUAAAGGUCUGCCAUCUGCAGUCAAGGACCUAGCAGUGGCCAGGCUGCAGGGCGGCGGGGGUUCGGGGUUGAGCCCCGGAGCGGCGACCGCAGGGGCGGCGGCGGCCUGCCUCUCGACGCUGGAGCCUGUUGCAUACGUGAACAAGAAGAGCAGGCUGGAUGAGCUUCCACCCGGCGGGGAGGACUGGAACCCCGGCUGUGGCGGACCGGUGGGCAAACCCUUCAGAGGGUGGCUGCACUCCAGUGAGAAGAUCUCUGGCCCAGGAGUGACAUACAUCGUUAAGUAUCUGGGUUGCAUUGAAGUGCUGCGAUCAAUGAGAUCUUUAGAUUUCACUACACGAUCACAAAUAACAAGGGAGGCCAUCAGCUUUGUUUGUGAGGCUGUUCCGGGGACCAAAGCAGCUCUGCGGAAGCGAAAGCCACCAUCCAAAGCUCUGUCCAACAUCCUGGGGAAGAGCAAUCUGCAGUUUGCCGGCAUGUCCAUCAACCUAAACAUCUCCACCAGUAGCCUCAACCUUAUGACGCCGGACUGCAAACAGAUCAUAGCCAACCAUCACAUGCAGUCCAUCUCCUUCGCAUCCGGUGGAGACCCUGACACCACUGACUUUGUGGCCUAUGUGGCAAAGGAUCCUGUUAACAGAAGAGCCUGCCACAUCCUGGAGUGCUCGGACGCGAUGGCCCAGGACGUCAUCAGCACCAUUGGCCAGGCCUUCGACCUUCGCUUCCAGCAGUACCUGCAGUGUCCUUCCAGCAAGCCUUCCUCCACGCACGACAGGGUGUUCAACGUGGAGGAGUUGCCGUGGACGGAGGAGGAGGAGGAAGAGUCCACGGAGCAUCCGUACUACAACAACAUCCCCGGGAAGGUGCCGCCACCUGGAGGCUUCAUCGACACGCGGCUGUCCAAUCAGAAUGCGCCCUCAGAUGGAAGCCAGGGGAGCUCAAACUCUGCGGAUCAGAACUAUUACCAAGGGCGACAUUGUGGAGAAAACUGGACAGAGGAGAGAAAGUCCAUUUUCAUACAACAAGGGUCCUUGGAUAUAAGCCGUGAGAGCAAAGGUCCGGCGACAAAAGCAGGCGAGAUGCCCACGUACAUGAACACCCAGCAGAUCGACGAGCAGGUGCUGGCGGCGCUGCAGGCUGAGGCGGAGCAAAUGGCUAAGGGCAUGGCGGCCGCGGCCGGGGAAAACCCUCAGACAGAUCUGUUUGACAUGACAGAACCCUUCGAGGACGCCAUCCAGUCGCAGCCACAAGCGCCUUCACAAAUAUCAGCCCUGCACAAGGCCACGUCAGUGGACAACUCCAGUCCGCUUCUGGCCCGCUCCAUCGCCUUCCGGGCACAGGAGGAGCUGGAAGGCCAGGCGUGGUACCGCGGCAAGAUGAGCCGGCGCGAUGCGGAAAAGCUGCUGAACGACGACGGUGACUUCCUGGUGCGCAAGAGCGCCACCAACCCGGGCUCGUACGUGCUGACCGGCAUGCACAACGGGAUGGCCAAGCACCUGUUGUUGGUGGACCCCGAGGGCACGGUUCGGACGAAAGAUCACGUGUUCGACAGCAUUAGCCACAUGAUCGGCCACCACCGCGACAACAACCUGCCGAUCGUUUCAGCCGGGAGUGAACUGUGUCUGCUGCAGCCGGUCGUAUGGAAGCAGUGACGCGCCGCCCGCCGCGCCCGCCGCGCCCCACAAGGAAACUGGAAGCUCCGAACUUUCCUACCUGCCAUCUCACAAACUUGAAGCGUGAGGGAAGCUGCUGAAAAAAAACCAAGUCGAUACCGCCUGGGGAAAAAAGUAACAUUUAUAAUAGAACUGUUAUUUUAUCGUGAUGACUGAAAUGCUAUAUUUUUGUGAAGACUUGUAGGACACACAUGAUAUCUUGAUUUGAUGUUUCAAAACGAUAAUACGUUCUUGUAGUUUCGACAAAUCAAGCCUCGACGAGGUGUGGACCAGAGUAUUUUAGAGUAUGAAAGCUACAAAUAUUCCUUUUUGUCUGUCAAGCACAAUUUCUACAUUUCUACUGCUAUACAAAAAAAUGCCAGAGCCCCAAACACAAAAGUUGUUUAUAAAGGAGGGAAAAUGUCGCUUUGUCGUAGUCGGAAUGCUCGCGCGCAUCCUUUAUCGUGCUCUCCGUGGCUUAAAGAUUGUUAUUUUCAAAUUGUUACCUUGCGACAAAGGAGGAAUGGCCACGUUGAAAAGACAAACAUAUGUUUUUAAAAAGAGAAAACAGUUGUAAUAUUACCAGCCUUUGUAAAAUCAUUCCAUUUUCAGAAAAAUAAGUCUGUGUUUUGACUAUAAAAAAGUUACAUUACAAACUAAACGCUUAUUCUUUUAUUCUUUUAUUCUUUUUCUUGAAUAUUACAAAGUCAAUGGUAUGACUUUAUUAAUGCAACAUUAUGUAUUUAAAAAUAUUCACCCCUUUCCUCAUAAAAAUCCUAUUCUCGCUAUAAUAUAAUUAAUUUUUUUUUUUUUAUUAUUAUUAUUAAAUGACAAUUUUUUUUGUAAGGAACUGUAUUUUAUUUAGGUAAUAUUACAAUUUUGUUUGAAGCUAAAAAAAAUUCUCCUAAAAUUCGGACCUUAUUUAUUGAUUUAUUUUUCUUAUUUCCACUGUAUCCUAGCUCUAUGACUUUUGACUCAGAAUAUUGUUUUUUUCUUUUCA